AUGUCUGCGCCAGCUUCAGCGUCGCCCGCCGUGGUUCACAACCCAGCGGGCGGCCGUCCGCCGCAUCGCGCCCAGUCCACCUCCGUCCGCUCGACCGCCCAAGCCCCACCAGCCUCCCCUCACCGCUCGCAGUCGCAGUCGCAGGGCCACAGCCGCUCCAGUUCCGGCCAGCAGGCCCAUCUGCAGACGGUAGCAAAGCGGGACUUCGAGGCACAGAAUGUUGCCCGCCCUGCCUCCUCCCGCCGAAGCGAGUCUCGGGAUCGGGCCUCCCAGACCGGUCAGCGCAGCUCCUCGCGCUCCCGUCACGCCCGCUACACGUCUGACGCGUCGGCCACCGCUGCUCCCACCAAUGGCGCUGCUGCCGAGGCCAGCCAACGGCCGCCGCCCGCUGCGAACAAUACGUCCGGCAGAAGGAGGACUACAAUCACCGCCCAGACGGGGACAUGGGCUCUUGGGAAGACCGUUGGCGCUGGUAGCAUGGGCAAGGUCAAGCUAGCUAGGAACACUGAGACGGGCGAGCAGGUUGCCGUCAAGAUAGUGCCCAGACAAUCCACCGACGAGCACCGCAGCCAAGCUGACCGCGAGAGAGCGGACCACUCCAAGGAGGUUCGCACUGCCAGAGAAGCGGCUAUCAUGACCCUUGUCAACCAUCCCUACAUCUGCGGGAUGCGCGACGUGGUCAGGACCCACUACCACUGGUAUAUGCUCUGCGAAUAUGUCAAUGGUGGCCAGAUGUUGGAUUACAUCAUCUCUCACGGGCGGUUGAAGGAGAAGCAGGCCCGCAAAUUUGCCCGUCAAAUCGCCAGCGCACUCGACUACUGCCACCGCAACAGCAUUGUUCACAGAGAUCUCAAGAUCGAGAAUAUCCUCAUCAGCAAGACCGGCGACAUCAAGAUCAUUGACUUUGGCUUGAGCAACCUCUUCUCUCCCCGUAGUCAGCUCAAGACGUUUUGCGGCAGUCUCUACUUCGCGGCCCCCGAGUUGUUGCAGGCGAAGCAAUACACUGGGCCAGAAGUUGAUGUCUGGAGUUUUGGUAUAGUUCUUUACGUUUUGGUUUGCGGAAAGGUGCCUUUCGAUGAUCAGAGCAUGCCUCAGCUGCACGCAAAGAUUAAGAAGGGUCACGUGGAGUAUCCGCCAUGGCUUACUGCUGAGUGCAAAAACCUAAUUUCGCGAAUGCUUGUCACCGACCCCAAGCAGCGCGCCAGUCUCAGUGAGAUUAUGAGCCAUCCCUGGAUCACCAAGGGCUUCAAUUCACCUCCGGAGAACUUUCUGCCCCCCAGAGAGCCGCUACAGCUUCCUCUGGAUCCCGAGGUGAUCGAGAAGAUGACCGGGUUUGAUUUCGGUACACCGGAGUAUAUCACCUCGCAGCUCACCAAGAUCAUUCAGUCGGAGGAGUACCAAAAUGGCUGCCGUCUGGCUGCGCAGCGAUCACAGGAUAAGACACCGGAAACCGAGCGGAAGCGUGGCGUGUUCGACUUUUACAAGCGGCGGAACUCCAUGAGCCGGGAUACUUUGACCAAUCCGUCCUCCGAAGCGCUGACGGUCGGUAAUGACCCCGUCAAUGCCUUCAGCCCCCUUAUCUCCGUGUAUUUCCUUGUGAAGGAAAAGCACGAGAGAGAACGGAAGGAGGAAAAUCCUGGAGGUCUCAGCAUUCCCAAGGUGCCAGGAGAAAAGCCAUUCAAGAUGCCGGAGCUGGCUGCUCCGGAAGCAGCAUACACGAAUGCAAGCUCAUACGAGUACGCCGGCGAGAAGCCGACUGGCGGACGCUCCAGGCCUAGAGCCAGGACGCAUGGAGAAGAUGAGGUGACCGAAGGGCUACAAAAGGUCAACCUUCAGGUGCCUCCUCCUCCGGGCCCCUCGUCCGGCAUGCUCACACCGCCCAACGAGCCUGCACCCGUCAAAAAGGAGAGCACUGCUGCAGGGAUCCUCCGCCGGUUCAGCACACGGAGACGUCAUGACCAUGAUCGGGACAAGUCGAACCCGCCUCCACCGAUACCUCCGGCUAUCAACGAACCGACGGGCUCUACCGGCAGUUCUAUGCUGAGAAGCUUCAGCGUGCGCAGAGCAAGGGACAGGAGUGCAGAUGCCCAGCAACCAACUCGAAAGCCGGACACCACGCCGGAGCAACCUGAGUUGCUGGCUCCGCCUACCCCGGGCACAACGCAAUCAUCGAAAUUGAAGGGACUAGGAAGGUCGGCGAGUGUCAACUCAGCAGAGUUCCGCAGGCGGAUGCUGAACAGGCGCGCCGCUGCAUCUGAAGGGACCCAGGAUCCGCCGCCAACAAGCGGGUCAGACAAAUCUAGCGUGAGCGGACAGAGAGCUCUUCCGGUGCCAGACACGGCUUCCGAAGAAGUUGCCCUGGGAGGACAGUCUCAUCCGACUUCGCGUGCGAAGUCGCUUGGUCAUGCACGCAGAGAGAGCAUUCAGGCCCGUCGUGCUCGUCGAGAGCAGACAAGGGAGGGCAACGUGCCAGAAGAAACCGAGCGUGAAGUGGCGGAAGCCAACGAUUCUUCUGGAGAGACGCGGAGCCCGGAGACGAUUAAGCCCGUGUACCUGAAGGGCUUGUUCAGUGUCUCGACGACGAGCAGCAAGCCGCUUACGGUCAUCAGGGCUGACAUCAUCCGCGUGCUGAAGCAGCUUGGAGUGCAGUACUGGGAGAGUCGCAGCGGCUUCAGUUGUAAGCACAGUCCGAGCAUCGAUCUCGACAAUGCAGAGAGCAACGCGCCUCCCAUGAGCCCUAACCAGGCGUCAAACAGCGCGCUCGGGCACAGACGGAAGAUUAGUUUCGGAUUGAGGGGUUCUGAGCAACGCGAGCGCGACGACUUCCGGGAAGCUCAUAGGUCGCCCACGACGCCGAAGUCGGCACGAGCGCCGCGCAGGCCUGACAACAGUUACACCAGCGCGGAAGACUCGGACGACAGCGACGUGGCAGACGCUGAGAGCAUGCCCCGCGCGCGCGCAGCUGGCGAGACAACGACUCACGUACAGAACGACAUGGGUGGAAGCAUGGCACUGAAGUUUGAGAUUUCGAUUGUCAAGGUGCCGCUCUUGUCGCUCCACGGCAUCCAGUUCAAGAAGGUGGAUGGUGGCACAUGGCAGUACAAGAGUCUGGCACAGAAGAUUCUGAACGAGCUGAAGCUCUGA